GGACUCCGCACCUCAUCAUAUCCGGAAGCCAUCGCCUGAAUUUUUUUUAGACGGGCGAGUUGACAUCGGUCUUCACUAAAAAACUGUACACAUGGCAUAAUGGAAGAAAUUGGUGGGAAGAGAAGCUUUUCUUUUCAAAUGCAAAUAGGUCUGACAAGGGAUCAGAUCAACAUUGAUGGUGAAUUAACGUUAGCGAGUUUACAAGAGAUAGCUUGUUCGUUUGUAGACAGAAAGUUUCCAGAGCAUGGUUUCUACAGUCUAGUGGACAAAAUUUUAUUAUUUAGACAUGACAACACAAGUUCCAAUAUUCUACAAAUCAUCACCAGCCCGGCGGAUGUCAAGGAAGGUUGCCUUGUCGAGGUUGUUCUAUCAGCACAGAUCACGAUGGAGGACCUCCAGAUUAAGCGACACAAUCUGUCCAUCCAUUCCUACAAGUCACCCCAUUUCUGUGAUUUCUGUGGAGAGAUGCUGUGGGGCUUGGUCAAACAGGGACUUAAAUGUGAAGGUUGUGGAUUGAAUUUUCACAAGCGCUGUGCCUUCAAGAUUCCAAAUAACUGCUCAUAUGACCGACAACGUCGACCGUCAACGAGCAGUAUAACAUACCCCAUGCAAGAUCUGAGCAUACGAGAUAAAAAUGAUUCUGUAGCUCUCCCCGAGAGCCCAAGCCAGGUCACCUUGAUCUCAAAGACUUCUCUAGCUGUCCCUGGGUCCUCCCUCUCCUUGGCUGGGGAGCCUCGCAGCAACAGGUCCAAGUCAUGGAGUGGACGACCAAUCUGGAUGGAAAGAGAGGUUCAGUCUCGAAUCAAAGUACCACAUACAUUUAAUGUACGCAAUUACACCCGACCCACUAUGUGCCAGUAUUGUAAAAAGCUUCUACGUGGCUUGUUUAGACAAGGAAUGCAAUGCAAAGAUUGCAAGUUUAAUUGUCACAAGAAAUGUGCAGAACAUGUUCCAAAGGACUGCACUGGAGAACUUCCUAAGAUUGGAGUUUUACCAGAGCCUAGUUUUCCAUCAGACUCGUACCCAUCAGAGGCGGACACAACAUUUACAGAAAUGGCAGAUGAGACUGACGAUGCUUUUAAUGAUGAUCUGGAUGAUGAUGAUAUAGAGCAGAAGCCUCCUCUCAGUCCAACUCAGAGCAGUAACAUUCCACUGAUGAGAAUUGUGCAGUCUAUAAAGCACACUAAAAGAACUGGCUCAAAGAUUAUCAAAGAGGGUUGGCUAGUACACUUCACAAACCUAGACUCGCAGAGAAAAAGACAUUUCUGGAAGUUAGAUUCAAAGGCCAUCACUAUGUUCCAGCACGAGAACUCAAACCGAUAUUAUAAGGAAAUUUUAUUGAUGGAUAUCAUCUCCAUUGAGAUGGCCAAGGUGCGACCAAUUUCUGAGAUCAGUAAAGCUCCACAUGUCUUUGAGAUUCGCCUCCAGAACAUUACGUACUUUGUGGGAGAGGAUCCAACAUUUGGAGGCAGAGAAGGAGACUUUGUAGUGUCGACAGAGAGUGGUACUGGACUAGAACAGGCACGAUACUGGGAACAUGCCAUUAGACAGGCCCUGAUGCCCGUCACCCCCACCACUAGUGUCGUGUCAGAAGGUCAAACCACAGACAAUGGAAAUGUCUCAGAAGAGGACCAAGUUCAAAAGAUCCAUAAGUCCAGAAUUCCGGACAUAAGUCAGCUCUACCAAAUCUAUCCUGAUGAUGUACUAGGAUCAGGACAGUUUGGAAUCGUGUACGGAGGAAAACAUCGAAAAACAAACAGAGAAGUAGCCAUUAAAGUUAUAGACAAGUUACGAUUCCCUACCAAACAGGAAGCCCAGCUCAAGAAUGAAGUGUCCAUUUUACAGAAUCUGCACCAUCCAGGUGUGGUCAAUCUGGAGAAGAUGUUUGAGACACCAGAGAGAAUCUUUGUGGUGAUGGAGAAGCAGAAGGGAGACAUGUUAGAAAUGAUUCUCUCCAGUCCUAGGGGCCGACUCAGUGAACGAGUCACCAAGUUCCUUAUCUCACAGAUUUUAAUGGCACUAAAGCAUUUACAUUCAAAACACAUUGUCCAUUGUGAUUUAAAACCAGAGAACGUCUUAUUAUCAUCAGAGACAGCAUUCCCCCAGGUAAAGCUUUGUGAUUUUGGAUUUGCUCGUAUCAUUGGUGAGAAGUCUUUCAGGAGAUCUGUAGUGGGUACCCCAGCUUAUCUAGCCCCUGAGGUGCUGAAGAGUAAAGGAUAUAACCGAUCUCUUGAUAUGUGGUCUGUUGGUGUUGUAAUAUAUGUUAGUUUAAGUGGUACAUUCCCAUUCAACGAAGAUGAAGAGAUUAGUGACCAGAUUCAGAAUGCAUCCUUUAUGUACCCGGCCACACCUUGGAAGGAAAUCUCUCAGGAGGCCAUCGAUUUGAUCAGUAACCUACUACAAGUCAAAAUGCGAAAAAGGUUCACAGUGGAUAAAUCUCUCUCUCACGUGUGGCUCCAGGAUUACCAAACCUGGUGUGACCUUCGACAGCUGGAGGAGAAUGUAGGUCAGCGUUUUCUGUCCCAUGAAUCUGACGAUGAGAGAUGGGAACAAUUCCGCAAGGAGAAAAACCUGGCAAGAUGGCAGGACAUUGGCAUGAAAGGUGUGAACGAAACUUACAAACUGGGCAAGUCCCGCAGUGAACGCACAAUCAAUGCCAGUUCCUGAGUCGGUGUUGUACUGUAUUUAUCAGUAUUUGUCUUCUAAUUGGACCAAAUGUUGUCAGCUUCAUGUUACAAGAUAUCCUCUGUUUCUAUUGUUAUCAGUUACUUGGGGAAGAAAAAUCUUUUUUGAAAACAUACUUUUGUCUUUCAUCUCUUAUUCUUAGAUGUGCAAACUUUAUUGGAUUUUUCUUAGUAGAUAUAUUUUGCUUUUGAUGGAAGUUUAUGUCUUUUUGAUUGUAAUAUGCUAAUUUUUUAUUUUUGAAAAAUCCCUGCAGUGCAAGGGCAAAGAGUUCAUAUACAAGAAUAAUUAUUGUGGUUUUGCAUGUUGUCCUGUGUUUUAUAAAAAGUGUAAGAUCAAGGGCUAAUUUAUAACCAACAAUCAAACUUGUUGUUUUUCUAUUGUCAUGCACUCACAUUGUUAUGGGCACUUUCUAUUGUUAUACAUUUUUAUUGUUGUUUACGAUUCACGGUGUCCAGUAUAUGGCCUUCGUCUCUGGCGCCCACCUUACAAUGGCAGGCUUCCAGGUAAAUAAAAAUUCAAAGAGGGCCAAAAGGGUCAGGAUCUGUUUUGUAUACUACAAGAUUAUGUGAUAUAUUUUUCAUUUAUUGUAAAUACCAUUUUACAUCAAAAUGCUUUCAUUAUAGUGGGUGCUGGCCACAGAGAACCUCUGAUGUGUCUUAGUACUGCCCCACCGACAUCAGGUGGAGUCCGAGUGGCUAGCAUGCCUCAUCCCUCUGCAUGACGAUUUUACAUGACUGUUCUUCCAUUUUUGUCAUUGUUGUAAAUGCCAUAAUGUCCAGGCAACUUUCUCAUUUAUAAAUAGCUAGCAACCCACCCCCUUAAAUGACAACAAGCAAUGCAGUUAUAGUAAAUAGCAAAUGUGAUUGAUGAAACAAAAUUCUAGAAUUGUUUUUAACUCUCUUUCAAGUUUGGUCACAUCUUGUAAUCUGGUGGAUACAUGUACUGGUAUCAAUUUGAGUUAAGUAUCACUUAUUCUAUCAAAGCCUUGUCCCUUAGAACAUUGAUUAUGCUAUAACAGUGGACCAAUUAGUGAGCACCUAUUGCCUGGACAUAUUUCUUUUGAUAUAUUUUUUGAUAUUGACAUUUUUGUGUACUCUUAAGAAAUCUCCACAGGUCACCGGUAAAUAUCACAUGAUUCAUGAAUGGAAACUUUGAGAACAAAAACUAAUGAAUCACAUGAAAGUCACAUGGCUCCUUCUUAGAAGAGUAUUAAAUAUCUCAGUAUUUAGUCUUCCUCUGAUGUAGAAGUUAAUGCAGAAUGUAAAGGCUACCAUUUCAUUUCAAUUGGAAUUGUUGAAUUGAUUCUGGGCUUCAUUAAAGUAGAAGUCAAAUUCACCUGAAAUGGCAAGUUUGAAGAAAAAUAUUGAUUUAAAAUUUUUUUCCUAAGCAGUAAGGUAUUUUAAAAAAAAAACUGUAUGUAUGUGAAUCAAAUGGGAUAUUUGCCUGUGUUAGAGAUGUAUGAUAAAGUGAUUAAAAUGUAAACAACUUGCAGCUUGGGAAGAAAAAGCACAACAUAUUAGUCUUAUGUUCAUUUUAUAAUCAAAGCUAAUAAUGAAUGUGUUGGGGAUAUUCUUCCAUUAGAUAUAUGAUAGAUUAAUACAUUUUGUGAAUCAACCCAGCGAGAAAAAGUAGGGUUAUUUAUUUACGAUGAAGUGUUUCUUGCAAACAGCAUAUUUGUAUCAAUUCCAUGAUCCAUCAUCUACAGAGGUCUACAUUGUUUCUUAAUAACCUCUUCACAAUAACAAGUACAUUCAAAGUCUGACGUACUGACUGAUAUAAAGUGUAGAAGCAGAAAUCUACUUUUUAUUAUUGAACCAAACACAUAGUCAAGGAGAUUUUUGUUUAUGAUGAGCACAUUUAGACUACAUGUAUUCCUGAACUGUUUCACAAACAGACAUCAUACCUCAUCAGUUGUGUCUCAAGUAGGCAAAAACAAAAGAAAGUUCUAUAGGAUGCUUUCUUGUAGUUUUUGUAGAUGUGAGACUGCAAAUGACAAAUUGAAAGCUUUUAAACCUGUUUAAGACAAUGGUUAAUGUGUGUUUCUAGUCCUUAGUCAGUGUAUUUUCACCAAUCACUAUCAAUUUUUAACGGUGUGCAAAUAAAAUUAUUGCAAAAUUAAGCUACAUUCACACACUGUACGUAAUGCAUUAAUAAGAUUCUGCAUUUGCAUCAUAUUAUUAUAUUGCCCAUAUGAGGUCUUGCAUAUUUAUGGAAAUCUUAUUGUGUCAUAGAAAUGCACUAAAGCAUAGAAAGCAUAGUGUAUUUGAAUGGAAAGUAGAAUUUCUUCCCUUUAAUCUUGUAAUAAUCAGAUGUGUAUGAAUUUGGCAGCCAUUGUAAUUCAUCGUCACACAUUCAUUAUCAAAGUGAAAUGGGGUGCAAAGAUUUUCUGAAAAUUUAUAUGUAGCUUGUGCAUAAGUCAAUAUAUUUCUAUACUUGUUUAUCAUUUCAAAGGCACAUUAGUUUUCUUUUUGCCUUUCAUUAUUGUGUAAGAUUUUUGAAGUAUUAAUUUUAUAAUGGGGAAUAUUUGAUCCAAACAAGAUAAGUUAUCCAAAAGUUGAUACCAUUUUAUAUAUAAUUCAAUUUUGUAAGAGAACAUUUAAAAAUCAAAACUUUUUUAAAUUGAAUUAUCCCAUUUCAUUUUGAUUUCACCAUAUAUACAACUAUUUUAUCUCUUACUGUCCACACUGAAUCUCAGAAUAGAUGAAGCUUUACAGCUGACUAUAAAACUCAACAAGUGAAUCUGUUAAGUAGUGCUUAUAAGUGGUGCAGAAUAAAGGAGAUAGUAUUAGAUAGUUAGGUCUCUUACAGUAGUGUGUAGUAUUUAAAACCCUGGGCAGGACUUGGACAAUGAAAACCCUACAAUGGUUUGUAAUGUUAUCAUAACUGACCAAAAAAAAAUCAAAGUAUUGUCUCAUUUCAUCAUUUUAAGAAAUGAUGUCGGACUCAUAAGACAGAUUCUGUUUACAUUCUUUCACAAAAAUGUUAUACUAAAGUGUUUACAUUUAAGGAGUACUUAUUACACUCUACUAGCAUUUUACAAUGUUUUAUUACAAUUGUAUUACAUGUAAUACACCUCAGGGUGUGAGACUAACUUAUGCAAUAAUAUUAUAACUGUAGUUAUGUUAUAUUGAGUACUCUGGAGAUAUAUUGAAUGUGUUAUGACAGAUCUGUUCAAUAAAGAUGGUAAUAGGUGAA